GCCGGUGGCCGUGGGCACGGGCGUGGACGCGGCGGUGGCCGUGCCGGUGCCGAUGCCGGUGGUCGUGGCCGUGGCCGUGGCCCCGCCGCCACCGGCUCCCACCGCCCGACGCACCCCGUCACCUCUCCACCAACCGAAUACCCGGACGGAUCCGCUCCCACCUGGAGCCUGAUCCGGGGGGUUUCGGAGGGGAGAUUGAAGCUUGAGCAGAGGCCAGAGGGAGCCAAAAUGAUGAAGGAUACUCGCUACUACGACGUGCUGGGCGUGGACCCGUCCGCCACCGAGUCUGAGAUCAAGAAGGCGUACUACGUCAAGGCGAGGCUGGUCCACCCCGAUAAGAACCCGAAUGAUCCGCAGGCCGCGGAGAAGUUCCAGGAACUAGGAGAAGCAUAUCAAGUUCUCAGUGACCCCACACAGCGCCAAGUUUAUGACUCACAUGGGAAAGACGGCAUCUCAACGGAAGGAAGCUGCAAGAGAGAAUGCAGGCUGUUCAAAAGGAACGGGAAGAAAAACUUGCAGAGACACUGAAAAACCGGCUACACACUUAUGAAAGAAAAAGAGUCAGCAUUGACAAGUUACAAAAGACUCCGGUAGAGCAGAACUGACUGCUGCAACUGAAACAGAUGAUACUGACAGAGGCGGGCCCAAAAUUUUGAGGCUGGGUAUUCAAAAUAUGAAAGGGUAGAUUUUUUUUUUAAUAACAAUCUAAAGGUUUGAUUUGCCAUGUAUAACAUUACAUAGUACUCCAAUAUACAGCAGAUAAAACAUAGAAGUAUAGAACUGAGUGCAAUUUCACAUAGUACUCAUUUGGAAAUCUAUUUCAAUAUUCUAUUGAAAUUGAAAUAGAGAGUAAAGUAGCCAAAUUACUUUACGAA